CGUACCAGGAACUGUUUCAGUGGAAAUUAAGACAAAGAAUGGUCAUUAUCUGGGAAAAACGCAAUUCACUUAUGUGAAUCAAUAUGAAGAAACAAUGAAGCAGAUAGUCCAGUCCAGAAUCUUGCAAGGACAAUUAUUUAAGAUGCUAAGCAAACAAUGCGAAAACGAUGAAAGUGAAGAAAAUAGCACACAAACUUUCGGAUUACCCAGUGAUGGACGACAGCGACAGGCCGUGGAUGUUUUACGAUGUUUGAUUUAUACUGCAGCGGGGAUCGGUGCUGAGGGGUUCGUUCGAAUGAUCUUCUCCACGUCAGCCGGUGGAAUUAUCUUUGAGGCCUACAAGAAGGAAUCCCCAUUACCAGAAAAUAUAGCCGAUGCAAAUGGCCAUGAAGAGAUUGCGACAUUCUUACGGGUCAUGACCAAACGCUUCAGUGAAGGGGAAAUGGCAAGCCACAUGCGAUCAGAAGGAAUCAAUUGGGACGAGCUUGCUAGAGCCGUUGAGGAAAGCGAAAAACGGUCUGUUACAUGGCCUUCGGAAAAAGAUGCAAAACAACUGCUGGAAGAUGAUACCUCCGAAAGGGAGUAUUUUGGAGAUGCUGAAACAUCCUCCACUGAUUCAGAAAAAGAGAGAUUUGAUUACGAUGAUCAGUUUAAGGCAAGGGUUAGCAAAGUUUCAGUUACUGAGCAAGAUGUGGCACGACUGGCGAGUGACAUUUCCCUCGAAAAUAAUUGCUGCGAUGCAAUUGCAGCGAUAGCCGAAGUGUACAAUAACAGAGCAACUGCCCAUUUCUGUUUAGGAAAUUUCCAGGAAUCACUGAGUGAUGCAGCAGCCGCUAUUAAUUUGGAACCAACUUUGGUUAAAGCCAUUGAGAGAGGAGCCCGUGCUUGUAUAAAGCUGAAACGUUACGAAGAAGCCUUAACCUGGUGUGACAAGGGAUUGGCAAUUGACAAGAACAACAGGACAUUGCUUAAUUUAUGGACCAGGAUUCUCAGUGAACCAAAUCCAUCGCAAGAAACCGAGAGACAGAAAAUGAAGAGCUUGCCUACCACUGAAACUGCAACAGGCCUGGUAUAUAUUGUAUAAUAUUGAGGAUUG